AAACAAACACGUUGGUGAACGAACAAACAAAAGUGUGCAGUCAGGUGUGUUGAGAGAUAAUGAUGGAUAAUUAGAUCAACGAAAACGUGGACGACUUUUUAUGCCUCGUGUACAGCAUGUAAAGUUUUAAACUUUCAGAAUCAAUGGAGUUAUCGUUGAGGAGACUGUAUGAAGUAAGAGGGUACAAGGCGGGAGCUGAGACUAACGUCAGAAUUGUUCCACAUGACAAACAGUAUGUCAAAUUCCUUUAGAUUUUCAAAACUCCUCCCGCGGUUUCUAAGAAGUGAUAAAGGAAAAUCGAAUUCUAAUGCUGAGUGGGAAUAUUAUGGUAACAAACCGAAAGAUGGACAUAUUUGUAAAAUAUUGUUCUUGGAUGACACCGAGAUAUUGCUCCCAUUUAAGGGAAGUUCGAAGGGAUCAAUUCUAUUGGAGGAAGUAUACCAACACCUAAACUUGGCUGAGAAAGACUACUUCGGCUUGAGAUAUCUCGACUCUUCAGAUCAAACUCAUUGGCUAGAUAACCAGAAAGGUCUGUCAUCACAACUUAAAGGCUGUUCAAUACCCUACCUUUUGUACUUCGGUGUCAAGUUCUAUCCGGUGGAUCCCUGUAAGCUCAAAGAAGAAAUCACAAGGUACCAGUUUUACCUGCAGGUGAAACGUGACAUUGUUCAAGGUCGCCUCCCAGUGACCUUUGAAGAAGCUGCUGAACUCUUCGCUUAUGCCGUUCAAUCUGAGCUGGGAGAUUGUGACCAACGACUGGCACAAGGUUAUGUUUCUGAGUUUCGAUUUGUACCCAACCAAACAGAGGAGCUAGAGGACACUAUAUCAGCAUUACACAAACGCCUUUGCGGUCUUCGUCCUUACCAAGCUGAGCACAAGUUCUUGGACAAGGUGAAAUGGCUGGACAUGUAUGGUGUAGACCUUCACCCUGUAAUGGGAGAAGGAAACACAGAAUACUUCCUCGGCCUGACACCGAUGGGCAUUGUAGUUUACAAGAACAAGACGAAAGUGGGAAACUACUUCUGGCCAAGAAUCAACAAGGUCACCUUCAAAGGGAAAAUAUUCAUCAUCAAAGUCAAAGAUAAAAAUAAUGACGAGCAUACCUAUGCAUUUGAGGUUGUGAGUAAGCUAGGCUGUAAACACCUAUGGAAGUGCUGUGUGGAACACCAUGCGUUCUUUAGACUAAGGCAGGCCAGUGACUCCUAUGCUAGGUCAGACUACAGUUAUAGACCUACCUCCCGUAGUCGGCGCUCCAGUGGUCGUCAUGAGCGACUGAGCCAAACAGAAACUGGUCGAAAACAACCUAAUGUAAAUCGAGUUCCCAGUAAACGGCACCAGCGUAGGACCUCGUCAGACUCCAGACUCAGCGUCCAAGGGGAGGGUAUAGUACCACACAUGACGUCGGGGAUAUCAGUCAACCGUAUAACAAUACCUCCCCCAGACAAGAGCACAAGACACAACAGAAGCCUGCCAGACCUCCAGAGAGGCUCCCCUAAGAGUACUCGCUCAGCUCCGUGGGAAACGGAUGUAGAGGCGGGUCUGUAUACAUCGGGAAGAGACUCCCCAACCUCUAUGUAUAGUGAUGCCACGAGAUCUUAUCACAGACGAAUGGGACCUCCAAGUGACACAGAGAGUGGGUACCGUAGAAAGCAUAUGUAUUUCCCCAACAGAAAGGGAUCCGACAAUGAGAGUGAUGUCUCAUUUUCACGAAGAAGAAGGAGAGAGAAUGACAGUGGAAGUGAGUCCGAUGUAUCGCCAACACGCCCCCACCGUCACCGACCCAAGAGUUCAGCAGAUGACUGGUUUGAAAGUCAGUGGAAAGAGGCCAUGGAGGGGAUGUAUAUUCCUAACAAGGAAAAUGUGCCGAAUGGUGGUGAAUCUUCUGUACAUUCUGCACCAACGGGUGACUUUGCUGCUAAACGACGGCGACGACGACGCAGUAAAUCUCCUGCCAAUAAACAACCUCCAGAAGAAUUACGACAACAUUUUGACUAUAAUCUGGUGGAUACAGAAGGUAUGACAGAGGCAGAACUACGAGACAUACCGUUCGUCCAAGUUGAGACAAAGGCUGAGCCAUUUCGUGUGAAAUAUUCUCCCAAAACACGACAGCGGUACCGGUCUCCGAAAAGAAAAAGUACAGGUGACCUUGACCCUGACCCCAGACUUGGGAUCCAUUUGACCAAUGGUGAUGAUGCACAGCCUGUCUACCCUAACCAAGAUACCCCAGAGUCUAUACGACACACUUACUUCAGUGACACCAACAGUAAUUACAAACUCAAGAGUCGAAAUGACAGAUAUAACCAACAGCCAGACAGACAACUGCCUAGUCGUCCUGGGACAGACAAACAACCCACCAGACCACCAGGUGUGGACCAUACAAAGCCUCACUUUGACUUCCAAUCCCAAGACGGUGUUUCUCUAAACUCUCAUGAUACCUUGCGAAGCCGGGAUUUUGACUCCACUACCAUCAGCUCUGAGCAGGCAUCACUUGGUGUUUCCCUUGACGACAGUAGAAGCCGUGCAGACCAGAGAUUUGAAAACAGAAUGGAAAAUGUCAGAGGAUCAAACCGAUACAGCAAUAAAAUGGAUGAUAAAAGACCAGACCAACCUCCGUCAAAUGACAGGCCCAGCUCUAAUGAACAGAACACAGGUGAUAGGUCAAGGUCAAAUGAUCAGGAAAGAGCAAGGUCAACCGACCAAUCAAGGUCAAAUGAUCAGGAUAGGUCAAGGUCAAAUGAUCAGGAAAGAGGAAGAUCAACUGAUUACUCAAGGUCGAAUGAUCAGGAUAGGUCAAGGUCAAAUGAUUACUCAAGGUCAAAUGACCAGGAUAGGUCAAGGUCAAAAGAUUACUCAAGGUCAAAUGAUCAGGAUAGGUCAAGGUCAAAUGAUCAGAAUAGAAUAAGGUCGAGUGGUCAAGUGCGAGGUCCAAUGCCAACUCUGCCCAGUGUCUCCAGUCAAAGGAGGAAUGACCAAAGAAACCAAGGUCAAGCAAGGACACAUAACCCAGAGUCAAGAUCAAGUGAGGUACCAAGGUCAUUUGAACAGGGAAGGUCUGAUAGACCUGUUCAAUACCAGCUUCGCAGCUCACAGCGUAGUCAUAACAAAGGGCGGGUAACUCCGUCCAGCAAUGUCCCCCCUGAGGAGGAGGGAGAUCGGCCACAGGAAGUUAAGGAGGAUGUUGAGGAGGGGGAGUGCAAUAAUGAGGAGGAGGCUGCUGAGGUUGUUGAUGAGGGUGAUGAGGAGGCGGGGUCAAGGCAGGCUAGAGGUCCACCUCCUCUGCCUCAGAGGGACCACACCAGUACCUAUACUCCAACAAGAACAGAUCCCAGGGACCAGAUAAGGGUCAACUCAGCCCCUAGGGGCCAGGCAGCAAGAAUGACCCCUGACACUAGGGAACGGGCCCCAAUGAACUCUGGUCCCAGGUCACAGGGAAGAAUGAAUUCUGACAAUCGGGGACAACCAAGUGUGAACUCUGAUUCUAGAAACAAUGGAGGAAUGAACUAUGACCUGCAUAAUCAGGGAACGCUGAAUUCUAGUCCUCGUGGCCCUCCAAAGAUGAAUGGUACAGUCCACAACCAGGGAAUGUCCCCCUCCACAAACAAUUCAACCCCUACAAGGGGUAGAGUAGGAUAUUCCAGUGUUCAGGACCGCCCUUUGCCCCGCCCCCCAGUAAGUGUUCAGAACUCUCCAGCAGGCAUGUCCCCAAAAAGUCGAACUUUCGGCACCAGUGAUACCAUCAAGAAGCUGUACAGCACUCCUCCAGAUACAAAGCGAAUGUACGCCACACAGGACAAUAUACGUCGUCUUUAUAACCAGGACGGCCAGACCUCCCCCAGUAAGGGCGUGUCCACCAGUGGAGUAUCAUCAGUAGGCGUGUCUACGGGGCGAGGCCAAAACAUUCUCACCCCACUCUCCCAAAAUGUCAGUUCACAAAAUUCUCAAAAUUACAACUAUAACCAUUCUCCUGACAAAAGUGGUCAGUAUGCGAGUUACUCGAGGGCAUCAAACCGUGACACACGUGUUAAUCGGGGAAUGACCACACAAGAUGUCAUCAACAAAAGUGUGAUUCCGCGGACAGUGUUAGACCCUGGUCAUAACCGAGACCUGUGGACGGAGAUAUAAGUUGUAGUAAAAAAACCUAAGAUUUACAUCUCAAUGGGGAAAUGUAUUCAACUACCGAGAGAUACAGUUCAAAAUGUUUUGAGGAGUGCUGAUUUCUGAAGCAUCCAGCCCUCAGAUUGGCUGUAGCUCUCAUGGACUUCCUCAUUGUCAAAUUUUGUCUUCUUUUGUUUCAUACUUGAUCCAAUGUACAAGAAUACUUUUCCUAAAACUUUUUCGAGAGUCCAGAACUACCAAUUACUCAUCAGCAUGCACCCGUUUCAUAGUCCUCACUUUUCAACAUAUACCUCUGAAUGUCAUAGCAGAAGUCUUUUUGAUAAGAAUAUGGAUGAAUUUUUUUGUUUUGAACAUUGAUAUAUGUAUGGAAUGUUUUAAGUCUAGAAUAUGGUGUUUUUCUCUUGUAUUUCGUAUCUAUAUAUUAGCUAUGCAAUAUAUGUUAAUAUUUAAAAUGUCAACUAGAGAUCUGUCUGAGACGAGUGAUUAUAUAACUGGGAAUUGUAACUAGAUCCGAGACCGAGUGAUUAUAUAACUGUGGAGUGUCUGAGACCCAAGUGAUUAUAUAACUGUGGAGUGUAAACUGGUCAAAGACCUGAUUAUAUAACUGUGGAGUGUCUGAGACCGAGUGAUUAUAUAACUGGGGAGUGUCGGAGACCGAGUGAUUAUAUAACUGUGGAGUGUACGAGAUGAGUGAUUAUAUAACUGUGGAGUGUCGGAGACCCGAGUGAUUAUAUAACUGGGGAGUGUAAUUAGGUCUGAGACCGAGUGAUUAUAUAGCUGGGGAGUGUAACUGAGUGACACUAGACUUCUAUGCAUUUUGUCUUGCCAAGUGCGCUGUGAUAGAAUUAAUGCUCAUGUAUAUAAAAUCGUUUAACAGCUCUAUUUAUUUUGCCAAAUGAAGCAUCAAAUUUUGUCAAAGAGUAAGUUUCAAACACAGCCUUCAUGUAUAAAAAUGAAUUGUAUUGAUGAAUAUAAUUAUGAUUAGCUUUCUUUUAAUACUUCAAAUUAACAUGUAUUCAAUACAAUCAAUCAUCCUUUUGUUCUCCUUCGCAUUGUUUUUGCCAAUUUCGUACAUUUUCGUUUCAAUGGUAAAAAUAAAGGUCUACAUUAUAAUUUUUGAGAAUUAUCUCCCCUGAAAAUCCACAAGACAUUGUGUACAUGCAUGAUGAUGAUGAUUUAUUUGCCCAGGUCAUUUUGUCAAGAUUGGGAGAAUCUUGUUUCAUGUCAGGUUUUCACUCUUUAUCUUCAGUGACUUUUAAAACUGAUACAUUUAGAUCCAUGAGAGUGUGGUAAAUCAACUGAGGCUGUGACAAUAUGAUUGUAUAAGGAAGGGCACUUUACUUGUACAGUAUAUCACAGGACUUUCAUCUUCCAAUUUCCCAUAAAAAUCUGUAAUAUUAAUUUUCAUGUUUAUAUCUUGAUGCUGAUCCGAUUCUUUCAUAAAGAUAAAUGUUUGGUGCUCACUAUAUGAAUCUCUAAUUAAGAUUUAAAACCAAUCGGUAUAGUCAUCAUACAAAAUCAGUACAUAUUUAUUUUUGAUUCUUUCAUUUCAUUUCCAUCCAAUUAACAAAAGUAAAAUACAUACAGGAAAUAUGAAUCUCCUAUUGUUUAUUGUGUAAUGGCAUAAAAAAUAAUUUUUCUUGGAAGUUUUGAUUUUUGUCUGCAAAUUUCUCCUAAUCCUGGUGGCAGGACCACAAAAAGUGUGUAAAGUUAAAUGGUGAUUAAGAAAGUAAAUAUUAUAGUGAAAAUUAUUCAUAAUAACGUAUGUAUACAUGUAAAAUAUUAUUUGGCUAUCAAACUAAGUUAUCAUUCAGAUUUGGACAUCAGAAUUGCUUAUAAUGACUGCAUACAAUCAGACAUUUUUCAAUGGUCAGUAUGAUACAUGUAACAUUAUAAUAUAACAGUUUCCUAUCUUGUAAGCAGGGGAUAGAGCAAACACAGAUUCAGUUAUAUGUUGGUGGAUCUUUUGUUCCUAGGUCCCUCGCCUGGGUAUCUGAAGGUAUGCAGGGUGAUUGAAUAAGGAGAAUAUAGAGAUAAGUAUAAGUCGAGCACAACUGGCAAAGAAGACCUCGAGGUCGACUGAUAAAUACACGAACCAUCAUGGUCCCCGGUCGACUGAAAAACAGACGAACUAUCAAGGUCCCCGGUCGACUGAUAAAUAGACGAACCAUCAAGGUCCCCGGUCGACUGAUAAAUAGACGAACCAUCAAGGUCCCCAGGCGACUAAUAAACAGACGAACCAUCAAGGUCCCCGGUCGACUGAUAAAUAGACGAACCAUCAAGGUCCCCAGUCGACUGAUAAACAGAUGAACCAUCAAGGUCCCCAGUCGACUGAUAAACAGACGAACCAUCAAGGUCCCCGGUCGACUGACAAACAGACGAACCAUCAACGUCUCCUUUGCCUGUUGUGAUCGAUCCCUUCUUAUCUCUUUAGUUUCAUAUCCUAUAACAAGUUUCAUGUUUAGGCCGGUUGUAAAAAACGAGAGUAGAUAUGUAUUGUUACAGAAUCUUAAAAUAGACUGUACAUAAUAACAUUAGGAUGAGGACAUGUUAUACUCUCAAGGUUACAUUUCUUAUAUAUGAUUAUUCAAAGUUGAAACCAUAUCAAGUUGUAAAAUUUUUUGUCUUAUGAAUGUGAAAUUCAAGAUUAGAAUUUACAAAAGUUGAGUUUCUGUGUGCUAACAAAUGUGAAUCUUUCGUCAUUUUAACAUAUGUAUAUUUAUAUUGUCUUCUUAAGGUCAAUUUUCUGUGACCUUUUCCCUUAUUACGACCUGAUAUACUAAUAUGCAUUCCAUAAUUACUACAUACCUUGAUAUGCUUUCCAUAAAUUAUUGCUUUUUAGAAGUAAUUUUUAUUUUUAUUCAGUUGUCAUUAUUUAAUUUGUAAUACUGAAACAAACACCAUAUUAAAUGUAAACAAAUCAAUCUCAGGCAUUUUACUGCUGAACCAAACUUCUCAACAGGACCAAUUGAAUUCCAGUUUGUAUAUAUAAAUAACCUUGCAGCUUCCAAGGUCAAGGCCAAUAAUUGGUUGUCAAGGAGAUCACCAUGUUAGUGCUCAGACAUUGCCGUCCACCAUUGUCACCAAUCAACUUAUCUUUUAUAUGUUUUACAUCUUUUAUCUUUACUUGUGUACACAUUCAUUUCAUGUCUUUAUCAUGUUAACAUUUAAACAACAGAUAUAGACUAUUUUUUAAAGGUAUACAUAUCUCUACAUAUACGAAUCUGGUUGUAUGCAAAUUUCAUUUCAAAUUUGAAGUCUUAUUUGCAGACUUUGAAUAUAAAAAUUUAUAACAUUUAAUGUUCAGUGUACUAAUGCAAUAGAUCUUGUAACAUGCAUGUUCUAAUUUGUUUUGUUUAUUGCACAUGAAGAAAAUGGAGCCUGUAUAAUCCCAUAAUCUGAACAGGUUUUGUCUGUAAUAAUUAAAACCUGUGUAGUUUAGAAUAAUCCGGAGUAUGAACACAUACAGAUAGUCAGAUUAUGUGGGGUCUUCUGUCAGAUUAUGCAGGCACUUGUCAGAUUAUAAAGGUUCCUGACAGAUUAUGCAGUCUCCUGUCAGAUUAUAGAGGGUCCUGUCAGAUUAUAGAGGGUCCUGUCAGAUUAUAGAGGUUCCUGUCAGAUUAUAGAGAUUCCUGUCAGAUUAUGCAGGCACCUGUCAGAUUAUAGAUUCCUGUCAGAUUAUAGAGGGUCCUGUCAGAUUAUAUAGGGUCCUGUCCGAUUAUGCAGGAUCCUGUCAGAUUAUGCAGACUCCUGUCAGAUUAUAGAGGCUCCUGUCAGAUUAUAGAGGUUCCUGUCAGUUUAUAGAGGUUCCUGUCAGAUUAUAGAGGCUCCUGUCAGAUUAUAUAGGGUCCUGUCUGAUUAUGCAGGCACCUGUCAGAUUAUAGAGAUUCCUGUCAAAUUAUGCAGACUCCUGUCAGUUUAUGCAGGAUCCUGUCAGAUUAUAGAGGUUCCUGUCAGAUUAUGCAGGAUCCUGUCAGAUUAUAGAGGGUCCUGUCGGAUUAUAGAGGUCCCUGUCAGAUUAUAGAGGCUCCUGUCAGAUUAUAGAGGGUCCUGUCAGAUUAUAGAGAUUCCUGUCAGAUUAUAAAGGUUCCUGACAGAUUAUAGAGGGUCCCGUCAGAUUAUAGAAGCUCCUGUCAGAUUAUUUAGGUUCCUGUCCGAUUAUGCAGGUACCUGUCAUAUUAUAGAGGUUCCUGUCAAAUUAUGCAGACUCCUGUCAGUUUAUGCAGGAUCCUGUCAGAUUAUAGAGGUUCCUGUCAAAUUAUGCAGACUCCUGUCAGAUUAUGCAGACUCCUGUCAGAUUAUAGAGGUUCCUGUCAGAUUAUGCAGACUCCUGUCAGAUUAUGCAGGAUCCUGUCAGAUUAUAGAGGUUCCUGUCAGAUUAUGCAGACUCCUGUCAAAUUAUGCAGACUCCUGUCAGAUUAUAGAGGUUCCUGUCAGAUUAUAGAGGUUCCUGUCAAAUUAUGCAGACUCCUGUCAGAUUAUAGAGGCUCCUGUCAGAUUAUAGAGGUUCCUGUCAGAUUACACAGGCUCCUCUGUUCAGUAUAAAAGUCUAUGAAAUUCAGUGCCUUAUGUUUCUACACAAUUUAUUUCAGUAUGAUCUGUGGUAUAUGCAUAUCAAAGUAUGUUCUUUUUAUAAAGUUGUUUGAUAGGAUGUCAAUGUUUGUUUCUAUAGGUGUGAUUUAUAAUAAAAAUACUGGUUUCAGUGAGGUUCAUCAAACCUACAUGUAGCAAGAAAUAAAUGUGUUCAACAAAUUUUAUUGUUAACAGAAUAUACGGAAUUGGAAUAUGACUUAAAUGCUGAGCUGUAUAACAGGAUUAGCCUUAAGUAUUAGUAUCACUGACACUUGUCAGGUGUUUAUGGAAUUUUUUAUUUCUUUAUUUGCCAAAAACCAAUUAAGUUUUAAGUUACAAAGUCUGUGAAAUCUUUUUUUUUUUUAAUGCAAGCUGUAGGGGUCGUUUUCUGCAGAAUUCAGUGAAAAUACAUCCAAUUCAAUUAUGUCAUUUCUGAUGUUACUGCCAAAAUGCUGAUCAGAUGUGCAGUGUUUAGAAAAUAUAUACAUGUAUAUGAAACUAGUACUUUUUUAAGUAUUCAACUUCUUUCAUAUUCCAAUUAGCAGGUAAUAAUCGGAAUAUUUGAUUAUUUCAAGUUUCUACUGCUAAGGUGAUUUUAUACACCACUUGUAGUGAUAGCAGGCAAUUGAAACAAUCUCUACACAUGUAAUUUUAAAUCUAUUUUAAUAAGUCCCUUUGAGUGUAACCUGUGUGUUCAGACCUAGACAGUGUUUAUUUUAACUGUAUAAUCUGACCAGUGCUUACCUGUGUAUUCCGUGUAUCUUGUCCCAAUGUGUCGGCAGUAGUGCUAUGUAUGCCUUGUUGAGGAAAUGUGUCUGUAUGAUGUCUCGACACACACUAGUGGAUAAAUGGGUAUGUAUUAAAUAUUGAAGAGUUGGACCAAAACAAUAUGUUCAAAUCUCUUUGAUGCAGUUUACCUUACACAUUGUUACCCAUGUCAAUAAACAGAUAUUUAUUGCAA